AUGCUCUCGCCAUCUUCUUUGAAGGCUACAGUCAAGGCUUCAUUGCAGCCUUCAAUGUCAGCCCCCAUCUAUAUUAACCUCAUGGGACUGUCUGCAGGAAACGCAUCAGUCGUGACACCUCAAACCAAACUCAAAGUCAUCGUCGCCGUCUAUCGCUUUGGAUCAUCCUGGGGAGGAUUCCUUGCCCGCCGGUUCGCUAACAAGAUUAGUCGCGUUCACGGCCUUCAGCUUGGCUGUUUGUGGUGCACCUUGGGUCCUUUGCUCCAUACAUCAGCGCAGAACGGCAAAUGGCAGAUCUGCGCCAGAGUCAUCACCGACAUCAAUGUUCCUCACUCCAAUUGCAUUGCUCCUACAUAA